AUGCUGAUUCGACAAACGGACUUCGCUAAUUUGGUGAAAAUUUUGCCCACUCCUCUAGAGAAAAUCGAAGCCGUCAGUCCGUGGGAACGCCCAUGGACUCAGUAUGAACGACAGUGGCAUCGACCUUGGAUGGCACCGCUGUUGUCUCCGAGAAGGCCGUAUCGCUUGUAUGUACCACCGACUGCCUACAACCUCUUGCCUUUCUACAAAUUCGUCACGAACACACACACUAUCGAAGGACUGCCACCCUGUUAUGACAGCAUCAGCAUCAGUGAGCAGUUGCCCUUAUUCGAAAAGUAUGUGUUAGAAGUUCUUGCAGUCGAGCUCGAUCGAAGGCAUAUGGUCUUGGCGUCCGGUUCCGAUUCCGGAAUACCGCAAGGAAUAUCCAAUUCGAAUUUAGCUGUUCUGUCAGUUCUAGAUCAAAUAUUAAGCGGUUCUUGUGUCCUGUUUUCCGAUCAAUUUGAACAUUUGAAGUUUCCGCAGGCGUCGUACAGUGAUCCUACGCUGAACCCUAAAACGAUGCGGACGAGAUUGACCGGCGACAAUCGGUACAAAGAUGGUCAUCUGGCGUUUUCGUUUCACGACUGUGCCCGCUUCGAAUACGGGGAUCCAUUUGAAUUUGGCCUGCUUACAGCCGGUUCGUUCUCCAGCGUCUACCAUCAGCUACACCAGUGGAACGCAGAACCAGAAGAAUUUGACGACUGCCUGCUUUCUUCUGCAUUGAUGAUCGGCUUCACGCAGUAUACCGAUCUGACGUAUGCUUUAGCUUCGCAGACGGUGCUUACUGACUUACAGUACUGGUACUUUGGUGCUUACCAGUUGAACACGAUGGACUUAAUUCGCACGUGGCAGGAAGAGAACGACGAGGGCAACGGCGGUAUUCGAUGUAACGUCUGCUGGCACACAGGCCCGUUGAAACUAUACGAAUCCUUUGACGGUGUUCGCUUCGAAGGUGUCAACAAACAAGUUCUCGAGAUCCUGCUAAAAUAUAUUCUCAGUCGGCCAGCGGCGGCCGAUGAUACCGUCGAACUACGACCGUAUGUGCAGCAGAGCGCUGUGGACGUCGAAAAGUAUAGACCUAUCGAUAGUUUUCCAGUGUGA